UCAAAGCGCCGGGGACGAGGCUGCUUGCUGAGUACAAAUUUGCAUGAACAGUCACGCACACUUUAUGCAAUGCAAAUGGAUAUAAAUUUAUUUUGUCUGGUUUUGGCAUCAAACGGUCUUCGUCAGUCAAGCUGCUCUGUUGUCAUUCGCUCAAGUUGCAGGUUCAUAGUAUAUUUUCAGUCCGUAAUUGUUGGCACAUAGCAUUUUGAUUGUUAGUUCCACAUAUACAUAUCAAGCAGGAUUUAUUUCAAGAAUUUAAGGUUAGCGUGCUUAUCUUCAUCAAUUUUUGUUGUGAUGUAUUUUUUGCAAGUUUUCAAAUUCUCACGAAAUUCAUGUUUCGGGGUUUUCUCGGUCGAAAUUUCUUGUCAAAGAUCUGUUACAAUGGCAAAUGCCAAACUGACCAAUUUUAAAUGGCAACACUGUGAAUACAUUAUUUUUCGGAUUAAAUGUCGAAACUUUUAAAGAUUAAAAUCUCAAUUUGUUGCGUGUUUGGCUAUUGGAAAAUUCAACAUUUUUUUAAUGCGAUCAUGCUAAACUGAGUGUACUUGGCAAGCAUUGCUUGUCAUACGAAACAAGUUUCAGUGUAUCAGUGAAUAAAAUCUUAUGAAGUAAACCAGGUUUAUUUUAGUUUAUCUUUGAUAUUAGCCCGCGCCUGUCUUUGUACCUGCGUACGUAUCUUGACCGUAAUGUUGAAAAGAAGCCACAUUUUUCACACUCAAAAAGCCGGAAAUAUCGCAGUUUAAGCGCUUUUUAACUGGCCAUAUCUUUUACUGUGUUAGACGCUUUUUAACUGGCCAUAUUGUUUAGUGGCCGACUUAAUCCUUAAUUACGGCCAGAUCAUAUUUGAACCGGCAAACGUGGGUGAUCAAUUUAAUUUAUUAGGUUAAAAGAUCGAUAUAAAGUUAAGAAAGAUUUCAUGAGCUUUUUUUCGUUAUUGAGAAGCCGUCACCUUUGGUGUCUACCUUGGCAUUGUCUAUUGCGUACUACGUUAUGUAAAUUAGAUUUAUUCUAUAUCCAUUAUUGUAAUGCGAUGCAAGACAACGACCACGAGGUGGCGGGAAACAGCAGGAUAGCGUACAAACUGAACUCUUCUGAUGGCGUAUAGCUCCAGGCGAAGGAAUUUUUGUGAUAUUUAGAGCAAAUUUUAACUGUAUAAUUAUGCUCGUUGAUCGCAGUGCUAAAUGGUCUAGGAUUAUAGUAUAUGCAAGUUUAAUAUACACAACAACGAUAAGAAUCGCCGAUAAAUUUUACAAGCAAAAAUGGCGCCAAUUUUACAAGCAAGAAUUUUACAAUUUUUACAAGCCGGCAGAAUACUGUGUAUCUACAGGGUGUGUAAAAAAAAAGGUAAUCGAACUUCAGCGCGUUAUUGUAUCUGAAUUACUCUGCGUAUGUACGAGAUUUUUCACAUUCGGAAAGAUCAUGCUUUUAGCUGUUGAAUGAUAUCUUCUUCAUGCCAAAUGGAUAAAAAAUGUUAGUCAGAAUCACAUAUUUUCACCGUUGGGAGUUGGGUCUAAAACCAUUGAAAAUGAACCCCCUUUAGGACUUAAGUUGAUGAAUUUCACUUCAUUAAACUGCACACAUAUUCAUAAUAAUUAUUAAGUCGGAAUAAAUUUUAGCUAAGCUACGACACGUUCGUGAUUAAUUGCUUUUUCUUUUGUUAUGCAUUGUUUUAAUUAGGCACAGAGGUGAAAAUAUGCAAUUUUGACUAGCAUUUUUAAUCGGCCUCGUACAUGCUUAUUUUUUCUCCACUUGUCAUGAAAAGCAUGUCAUUCAAUAGCUAAAAGCCUGAUCUUUCCGAAUAUGAAAACCAAUUGUUCAUACGCCAAGUAAUUCACGUAUAAUAGCGCGCUGAAGUUCGAUUACCUUUUUUUUAUACACCCUGUAUAACUGAACGGACAACGGCAAAAUCUUAUCUACUUGUUAUCUAUCAUAAAAUGAAAAACUCCGAAUUAAAUGGGUAAAUAGCUUACUGUUAUCAACUCAAACAUUUGGAAAUUUGAAAAAAAAUUACAAAUAUGUGAUCUACACAAAUAAGGGAAUGUUAUUGGAUAAGGUUUUGUGUGACGUAAUUCCGUGCGUCUGUCAUCCAAUAGAUCAUGGCUCUCGAUCAAUGAAAGCGCUUGAAUUCCUGAAGUUAUUAUAUAAAUUGCUUAAAUGUUCGCCGCUCGCAUGUGCACCGCUCGAUGUGCAUGACGAGUUUCUCAAAUCGGCAAGCAAAGUGACAUAUUGAACAUUAUGAAGGACAUGCCAUAUUCAGUAACUUCUCAUUUCUCCUUUUUCAGCUGCUAUGGGUAAAAUAUUGGCAUUCGUGCACUUCUUGGUGACAGAGAUGCGGAUUAUAUGGCUUCUGUGGUACACUGUUUAUAGUACAUUUGAAACCAUCACGACGAUCUCUUCCAUCUCGGACGUUUAUAGCAGUUACCAUGUGAGAGAAUGCUUGUAUAAAGAGAAAAUCACCGUCGGAGAAAUCGAUGAUUGCAUGACAUCAGCCUACCGAGAAUAUCUGGCUCAUGGCCCACAGCUACCUUAUGAAGAAUGCAGUGAAGAAUGUCCAGAAUCCGAAAUCUGGAUAUCGGCUCCUGAACCCAGGAAUAUGUUUUUCUUUAUGACUAUCUGGCUUUUUGGUAUGUUUCAUCUAUUUGGGAUGCCCUUCGAAAAAUCGAAUUAAAUGUAGCAGACAUGUUUGGCUUUUUAGUCAUUGUGACAACUGACAAGCAACUUUUAAGUUUAAAAAUUUUAAAAAUUUUCGAUUUUGGUAGGUCACAAUAAUUCGUGAAAUCCAGCCAGCGGCAAAGCUAGCCAUGGCAACUGGAAAUGCUAUGGUAAUAAACCUGCAUCUAAGGCCGCGUUUACACCGUAGAUAUCUUAUAUAAACUAGAUAGCGCAUCUCUUUUAGUAAAAUUGAAGCCAAGAAUAUUCCAGCGGUUACCCCCAUUUGAAUAGAUGGCGGCCAUGUUGAAGUUUCCCACUCGCUAAUAUUAAAUGCUUAGAAAAUAACAAUAACUUUCAUCAUUUGAAUAGUUUGAAUAUGUAUUUGGAAUAGGUUUAACUUAAUGUUUAAGUUCCCUGUUUAAGAAAUAGAAAACAUGCGAGUAAUUUUCAUUUCAUGGGAAUAUCCUGAGUCUGCAAUCACGGUUUCAAUUUUUGAAUUGCAGAAUAAUUAGAUGCACUAUCUGUUAUAGUGUAUAUAAGAUAUCUAUGGUUUACACUAUGACGCUACGGCAAAUUUACCGUAGCGUAUAGUGAUUUGCAUCUGGAGUGCCAAACGUAGUGGUCCGUAGUUAAUACCCUACGGCAAUCCACUCCGUUAUAGUAUAAACACAAUACUAAGAAACGUAGUGAAUUUUUAACAAAACUGAUUUCUGUAGUUAGUACGCUACGGCAACCCACUCCGUUAUAGUGUAAACACAAUAUAAUUCCAUAGUUAGUACGCUACGGCAACCCACUUCGUUAUAGUGUAAACACAAUAUAGUCUCAAUACUAGAAACGUAGUAGAUUUUUAACGGAGUGUUAGCCGUAGCGUCAUAGUGUAAACGCGGCCUAAAUAGGUAAAAAACACAAUACAUUUCUAAUUAAAGGUUUGAAAAAUGCAAACAUGACAAAUUUGCAAGGCAUGACUUAUUGCUAUGGCUAUAGCUUUGCCAUUGAAUCAAGCAAUAUUGGAGCACAUUUCUAGAUGUUGGACGCUUGUUAAUUAGUAGAUCUCUUAAAAAUAUUGCUAAUUUAUUAAUUUUGCAUCUGAAGUCAACAUGCAACCCAACAAUCAUCUUCGAGAAAAGCAAUCGUAUGUAAGAGUACAAUGAUUCGACACAAGGCAUGCAGAAACGAAACAAACGUCGCCAGAAAUGUAAUUUUAAGAGUGAACAAAGUGGCAGAAUUUUAGACUUUACACUUCCACUUUCCAUGAAUUUCAUAGAUUCUGAAAAAACUUUUUUAUAGUUUUAGCAAAAUUUCCUUAAUGUUUCACCUAAAAUGGUUUGUUGUUUUGAUGCCUUUGGUACAUUUUCUGAACUUUUUGUACAUUAGUUAAAAGAAUAACACCUAAUUUGAUAUGUUAAUAUUUCUUGUCAUUGAUAUUCAAUGUAUUAUUAUAUAAUUAAUAUCUGCAUGCCAUUCGAUGGUUUGUCAUCAUUUGUAACUUGAUUUUUGCAUUAAUUUCAGGAUUCCUUCUUGCUCUUUUGGUGUAUUGUAUCUACCGCCGCCCCGAUUACCACACCGGAAGCUACAUAAAGUUUACUCAAACGCUUUAUGCAAGCAAAGUGUACAAAAUUGUGGCCAAUUGCACAUUCGCGAUAUCCGUUUUGGUAAUCCUUGUCGGGAUCUACAUCUUAAUUAGAGAGGAAAAAGCAUGGACCCAAUUUAUCGUGGCAUUACUUCUAAUGGUGAUGGCAUCGAGAAGUCUCGUUCUCGAAAAAAGUAACGGCCUCGACAUCAACUCCGAACAAUUCUGUAGAUUAGAGAUCUCUCGUGGGAAUGCGCUAAUGAGGGUAAUGAAUUUCUUUCUGACCACCAAUGCUGUUCUCCUGGAUGAAAUGGAGGUGCAAUUAAUGAAGAACGGGCUCCCAGAUGAUGUAGGAGCAGCUGAUGAGCGCGAGAAAGGAUGUUUGGCACUCUUCACCUGGUAUCCUCUCAGUGAUCAAAGCAUCGAAGCGUUUUUGGCAAGUAAGAAUGAAAACAGCGCUUGUGAAAUGACAGAAGUACAAAAGUUCGAAAGCCAGAACCAGCCGAAAGUUUAAGGAAAUAAAAUACAAAACAAAAUAAGAAAAUAAAAAGCCAAAAUACGUACGGUGUCAAUGAAAAAUUUACGUUUUGCUUUAGUCUAUGUUAUACUAAUCUUUAGUCAAGAUUAUUUAGUCAAUAAUUUUGCGUUUUCAAGAUGUUUUAUUUUUUUAUUUUGUUUUGUACAACUGUUUGAAACACAUGUUAUUUAGCAACUAGAGUAGUAAUAACAUAUAACAUCUACCAUUUAGGGCAACUAUAGAACAAAAAUAUGGAGUACAUACAGUAAUUUUUUGAACGCAAUUUCAAAACAAAUGUAACAUAAAUUUUCGAACAAGUUCUAUAACAAUAUUAAUAAUAUACAUAAAAAUAGUACUCGACUGUGAUUGGUUGAUUUCACUAUUUUAGUGCAGUUAAUCUCAACACGAAGUGUAGUUAAUAGGAUGGUUUCGCGUGAAAUUUGGAUAAAACAAACACUCGUGAGUAAGACCUCAAAUAGCACUCGUCCUUCAGACUCGUGCUAUUAUUAUCCUCUUCAAAAAAUCACUCGUGCAUGUUUCGUCCAAAUUGCAUUCGAUCCUAGUGCCUAUACAAACUUACUGUACGUCAUCAACUAUGGUCAUGUAGGACCAUGUAAGAGUUGUGCAAGGGAGGCAUGCGCCAGUUAACCAGUUGUAUAUGCCUGUAUACGCCUUGUUGUAGAGACAAUAAUUGUUGGAUGAAAGCCUGCAGAAGGAUAGAUCUCACCUAUUGCAGUUAAGUCGAUCAUUAUGCAAGAUAAUGAAUGUUUAUGAAUGCAGUUGUGAAAAUAUUGUUAUGAGGUGAAAUGACAAUAUGAAAAUAAUUUUACCAUUGCACGAAUGAAGACGUUCAUCGUUUGUUUUCUAAUCGAAUUUUUAAUUGAAUUUAAUUAAAUACAAAACAAAUACAUAACGCAUUUACUUGUGCAAUAUUCAAAACUAAUAAAAUCC